UUCCCUGUCUUGAACAUCUGGUGAAAGAAAAGAAUCCCGCUUUCCAAAACACAAAAGAAACAAACUGUCCAUUCUUAAACUGGAAACGAACAAACUAUUAAAUCACCAUUAAUUUGUCGAAUUAAUUCUUCAAAUCCAUCCUUAAUUUUCUCAAUCAUCUUCAUUUCCUUCUCGUAAAAGAAAAAGGAAAUGGCGAGAAAUGGAGCAGAAGGAGGAGAGGGACAAAGCGUCCCUCGAUUAUCUUCAAGUUCCAGAAUAAGAACAGGACCUGACCCGUUCUUGGUCGUGUGUAGAUGCUUUAGCUUCUUGACGGCUCUCACUGCCAUUCUCUGCGUUGCGGUUAACGUUCUCUCCGCUGUUCGAUCUUUCAAAGAUGGAUCCGAUGUUUUCAAUGGAAUAUUCCGGUGUUAUGCGGUGGUGAUUGCGUUUAUUGUGGUUGUUGCUGAGACCGAGUGGGGAUUUGUCACUAAAUUCUGGAAGGUGUUGGAAUAUUGGGCUGGUAGGGGCAUGCUGCAGAUCUUUGUUGCAGUCAUGACAAGAGCUUUCCCUGACUAUUCAUCAAGCCAGAAGGACCUGAUCCUUUUGCAAAAUAUAGCAAGCUAUAUGCUCCUUGCUUGUGGUGUUGUCUAUGUAGUUUCGGGAAUCCUAUGCAUUGGAUUUCUGAAACGUUCUCGCCAGCAGAAAGAAAUUACAAGGGAGCAGGCAGUCAAGGAUCUUGAGCAAUUGGAGCGGCGGAGGGAGGAACUUGAACAAUUGCUUCUUGCAGAAAGAGUUUGAUGCCACUCGUGUGAGCGCAGUAGUUCAGAGAGCAGUGAAGUGACUUCAUAACUCCAACUGUCUGAAUUUCAUGUUUGUAUGCUAUGCAUUGUUGUUUAAUUGAUUGAUUCUGUUAAUUGUUCUGGACGCUGGAGCUAUUUUCUUUUGUAAAGUUGUAUAGCUCAUGUAGAAAACCAUGUAAUCAAUUCUUUUUUAUAGUUGGAAAUCCAAGUUAGCCAGGCACAUGAUAUUUGUUGUGUGUAUAGGUUAAUGUCUAAAUAUCUGUAACUAUCAUGCAUUAGUAGAAAAUGCGUCGACUGCUUUUUGUAAUGGAUCGCAAAGGUUUUUGUAUAAUUAGCAUUUUUUUUGGGCUA